AUGUUUGUAAUUUGUACAGCUUGUUUCGCCCUUACUAAAUAUUCUGAAACACUGUCAUUAGACGUCAAAUCUUUAACAACAGCCUGCGUAAAACCUCCAAAAAUGUAUGGAUUGCCAAAAAUACACAAACACAACAAUCCUUUAAGACCCAUAGUCAGUCAUAUCGACUCACCCACAUACAAAUUAGCCAAACACUUAGUAUCAAUAUUAUCCCCUCUCAGGGGGCACACUAGUGCUCAUGUUAAGGACUCUUACCAUUUUGUGGAAACAUUGAGAGAUCUAAAAUUACUCCACAAUGAAACCAUGGUGAGUUUUGACAUUGAGUCACUAUUUACAAACUUACCACUAAAUGACUGCCUAGAUAUCAUUGCAAAAAGACUUAGGGAACAGAACAUGUCACCAGAUUAUGUAGAUAUUGUAAAACACUGUCUCACAUCAGGAUACUUAAUGUGGAAAGAUGAGUUCUAUGUGCAGGUUGAUGGAGUAGCCAUGGGUUCUCCAGUGUCACCUGUAGUCGCUGACAUCUUCAUGGAGGACUUUGAGGAGAGAGCUCUAGCCAAUGCCCCGGUUAAACCUCGACUGUACAAGAGAUAUGUCGAUGACACAUUUGUAGUACUCCCCAAUGACAAAAUAUCUGCAUUUCUAGCACAUUUAAAUUCAAUACACAAGAACAUUAAAUUUACUGUUGAACAAGAAAACAACAACUGUCUGCCCUUUUUAGACAUUUUAAUUAUACGCAAAGCAGAUGGCACACUAGGUCACACAAUACACAGGAAGGCAACCCACACAGAUAGGUACCUCAAUGGUGAAUCCCACCACCACCCUUCACAACUGCUUUCUGUCGGUAAAUGUUUGUUUCAGAGAGCCCAGCGUCUUUGUGAUGAUGCCCACCUCGAGGAGGAACUACAGCAUGUCAAACAGGUGCUACACCGAAACAAGCUGCGCAUCCCCCGGCUACAUCACAAAAACAAAAACAAGACACAAACAGUUCCCCGCCAGCCAGCCUACUUGCCAUAUGUAAAGGGAGUUACAGAUAGAAUUAGCCGGAUCCUAAAACGAGCUUCUAUUCAUACAAUUUUCAAGCCGCACAAGAAGAUUCAGCAAUUCCUAAGACCAAUCAAAAGUAACACCCCAUUGCAAGAUGCAGGUAUAUACAAACUGGAUUGCGACUGUGGCCUGUCUUACAUAGGGCAAACUAAACGCAAUAUGUCCAGCAGACUCAAAGAACACAUUGCAGACAUAAGACAUAGACGACACACAAAAUCAGCAGUCUGUGAACACAUACUAGAUAGGCCUAAUCACUACAUACGCUUUGACCAACCGAAAGUACUUGCGAAAGAGAAAAGAUUAUUCCCAAGAUUGGUACGCGAAGCCAUUGAAAUCAAAAAACACCCCAAUUUCAAUAGAGAAGACGGCCUAAAAUUGUCAAACACCUGGGAUCCAAUAAUAUCCAAAUUAAAAUCUCAAAAAGAAAAACAAUCCGCGAAAAUAGAGGACACCGUGAGCCAUUUUUGCCAAAACCCUCCAUCUUUUAGUCGAUACCAACUCCGGGGAAACAAAUACAGAUAA